GAAAAGGGUAUCGUUACAUCUUUCACCAUUACGACGACGAUGCGUGAACGCCAUUACGUCGAGCACAGUAGCACCGAGUAUCGACACCAUGGUGAGUUGAUGAUUUAUGCGUCCAAAGAUCCGUGAAUGCUCACAUCCGACCUGACGAACCUUUGUGCGUGCCAAUACUCGACGUAUUUACCUGCAUGCUCAAAGAACACUUCCGCUCCAAGUCUCCGGAAAGAGAAAAGGAGAAACGACAUCGUCAACGAGAUGAAGGCAGUCAACGCAGACAUUCUUUAGACAAGACACCCAACAUUGACCAUGGCAUGAGAGGUCGAGAACGGUAUUCCAAAGAUAUAUCUGAGCGUUAUAGAAACUCUUCCCCGUCUAACCGAGCUGAGCGGGAACAUCGUCUGCGCAGUCGUUCGUCUGAAUCAUACUCGUCUUUCUCGAGUAAAGAUCGCAGCCUUUCCAAGGGACGGAGGUGCAGUUCACGCUCUAGAUCCCCUCGUCGAAGAAAAGAUAACGAUUCGCGAAGGCACAAGUACAACAACUAUAUAAAGGACAGAAAGAGAGGCAAAGGCAAAGAAAAGGAUAGAAAGAAGGACAAGGACAAGGAAGGACGGAGAAGCGUCUUAACCGGCAAAAAGGUUUCUUCUUUAUUGUCCCCAGUGCCAUCCUAUCUCACCGUUGUCUCUCAGAUCAAACUGAAAGUCAAAAAAGACAAGGGAGAUGACGAACGGGAAGCUAAUAGGAAGGAUCUUCUACAGUUCUUAAACUCGACAUUCGAAUGAACCAUGCGCAUAUGUAAUUAAUGUUGGUAUCUAAA